AUGGGUGCAGAGAUCACAACGCCUUCGUCCUGCCAGCGCCUCCCAUGCCGUCCCAACUCCGGCAGCAACGCCACCGCCACCUUCCUCGAGCCAUCUAGCCUCGCCGCUCAUCCUCAACUGGGAAACAAAACGCCCAAACCAAGUCGGGAAGAUGAAUAUAUUUGGGGUCCCUCCUCAAAUGGUAGAUUCUCUAUUAAAUCUGCUACAUGGUUGCAAUAUGAUCAUCUUCAUAAGUAUAACCAAUCCAAGUUGAUAUAUAAGCUCUGGAAUCUUAAUGUUCAGCCAAAAAUUAAAAUCUUUGGCUGGUUGUUGCUUAGAGGAAGACUCAAAACCAGGGAUAGGCUUUCCAAGUUUGGGAUUAUUAAUGAUAACUCUUGUCCUCUUUGUAAUAGAGAUAAUGAGACUGCUGACCAUUUAUUUGGUUAUUGCGAUUUCACUAAGGAAGUUUGGAGGCUGGCAAACAUUAACACCUCAGUGGAUUGGGAGGAAGGGUAUCUCAAAGUUUUUGAGGAACUCUUCUUACUACAACCAUACAACGCUGACCUGUUUGCAAAGACUAUUACUUUGUGCUGGCAGGUUUGGAAGACUAGAAAUAAUGUUAUUUUCAUAACAGCUUCUGCUAAUCCUAUGUCGGUUGUUAUGUCAGUUGAAGUAAUAAUGAAAAGCUUUGAUGAUUUUAACACUAUCAGUAGAGAUUCAACUGCUAGUGGUUUCAUUAUUAGAGACCAUGAUGCAAGACCAGUUAUUGCUGCCACCAAGUAUGUUGGCAACUCUACUACCCCUGUUGCAGAAGCUACUGCACUUAGGGAUAGCCUGAUUACUGCCAAAGACAAAGGUUUUACAAGACUUGAAGUUGAAGGAGACUCGAAGCUAGUUAUUAAUGCAGUUAAUGGAAUAGUAACCCCACCUUGGAGGCUGCUCAAAUUGAUUGAAGACAUUAGAACUAUUGCAACUUCCUUUUCUCAAAUUUCCUUUAAGCAUAUUUAUAGGGAAGCAAAUUUUAUAGCUGAUGCCAUUGCAAAUUUAGGACAUGAAGCUAUGUCUCCUCUGUUCUGGAGUGAUAAGGUUCCUAGUGAGGCUUCUAGAGCCUUAUUGUUUGAUGUUGUAAACAUUGGUUGCCCAAGAGGCUUUUUUCUUUAA